AUGCGCUGGCUGUGCGCCUGCUGCGCCGUCGCCGCCGCGCAGAACGUCUCCGGCGUCGCCAUCCUGACGCCCGUGCACCGCACGCACGAGAGCCGCCACGACCGCUACGUGCGGAACCUGCGGUCCCUCGGCGGCCUCGUGCUGAAGACCUGCCGCGUCGCGUUCCUCGUCGACAAGACGUCGAUGCCCAUCGUGAAAGCGUCGAAGCGCGCCAUCCUCGCGGCGGGCUUCGGGUCCGUGCUCGUCGUGCCGGAGACGGGCCGCAACGUCGACGGCGAGAUCGCGAAGCACGACGACCGCCACGACCCGGCCGUGCAGCGACAGCGGCGGAGCCGCCUCGCCCGCGCGCGCAACAAGCUCGCGUUCACGGCGCUCGGCGUGCCGUUCCUCGGCGUCACGAUCGCCUGGACGCUCUGGCUCGACAGCGACCUCGCGUCGUUCCCGCCGUUGAUCGUGCCGCGGCUCCUCGAGGCGGACGCGGACGUCGUCGCGCCGCGCGUCGUCGACGCCAACCGCGUGCUCUACGACAAGAACUCCUGGCAGCACUCCGAGGAGUCGCGCGAGGCGUGCCGCGCGCUGCCGCGCGGCGCGCUCCUCGUGCAGGGCGGCUACCGGAGGCCCGUCUCGACGGUGCUCGACGGCGACGGCCGCGCGCAGCGGGACCUGGGCAUCGCCCACAUGGACGCGCUCGCGGCGCGCGCCGAGCGCUUCGCGCCCCUCGACGCCGUCGGCACGGCGUGCCUGCUCAUCAGAGCCGACGUCUUCGGCGACGUCGAGUUCCCCGCGGAGCUCACGGAGGGCCACCUCCUCGAGAGCGAGGGCUUCGGCGAGCUCGCGGCGAAGCGGGGCUACCGCGUCGUCGGCGACGUCCGGACCGUCGUCGUGCACGCGUAA